AUGACAAAUGCCAACAUUGAGGUGUAUUGGUAAGCAAGCAAUUCACUGUCUAUGCUCUCACCCUACUGUAUAGCAUACGGUGGACACGUCGACAGCGGUGGUAGAACUGUUAUAAGCUACUACUGCGUGAAUGGACUUUUUCCACGAAUAGUGCCUGGUUGCAUACGAAUGUUACCAUUCCGGGUGGCGGGAUUCGAUCCACGGUCCCCUUUCCCAGAAUGAGCGGUUCCCUGAUUUCAAUAUACUUAUGCUCCACGCUGUAAACUGUAGGAGUGUUGGUCAGGAUCAAAAUUAGCACCCUGUGUUCUGUAAUCCUUCAAUCUGCCACUUGAUGGCAUUCUCGCUUUUCGCUAUCUCAUAUCGAGAAGUCUUACCUUGUUUUCGUACUUAUCCUUUAUUCCUCUUUGUAGAUGGAAUAUAAUGCCUCUUUUUAAACGGAAUGCCUAGUGCGACAGUUUCAGUUAAAAUCCGUGAAUUUACCGGGGACGCUGAUACUUAGAAGCGAAACAAAUUGUGCACAAUUCUAUGCGUCGCUGCCAUUAUAAGACUUCAAGUGGACGGGAUAAUUUGCUUUGCAGAGGAUUAAUGAUUUUAGUCAAGAAAUGACAUCCAUAUUUUUCAUUCGAGCUGUGUGGCAUUUUGAUAUAAUGACUACUCAUGGACCCGAGUUCAUCGACUACAUUGCGGGGCAUAUCUUAUCCCGUCGGAUAAGGUAUGGAAAUACCUUAUCCCGCUAGCCCUCGGGAUGUAAUGUAGUGCCUGCACAGGUAGUUUUGUAGCGACGAGUAAUCACGCAGCCACAUGCUCGCAUAACUUAGGUUUCGCACGCGGAAUGUUUGAGCUCUGAGUGUCUUUAAGUCUAACGAUCUGCCAUUGGGCCUCGGGUAAGUUAUCUUGCCAGUUGAGAUAGGGAAUGUUCAUAUCAUACCACACUCCUAUCAAUUUUUUUGACUGAGUCUGUGAAUUUUGACUAAGUUACUCCAAGUUUUAGACUCAUCUCCAAGGAGAUUAAGAAUAUGAACUUUUAACACGAGAGUAUCUAUCACAAAUCACACGGGAAUGUUGGAGGCUAAAUAAUGAACCUAGUCCCUCGCAACUGGCAAAAUAUAGGUGAAAUUCAUUUUUAAAAUUUUAAAUUUAUUUAAAAUAAGAAUAUGAUCCGGUUUUAAAAGUUUCGGGUUAUUGUCUGUACGGUCAGUAUGCAGACCAUACAAAACGUAUAUUCAGUACUUAAGUAGGGUGGAUGUUCACCGAUCAGGUUGCGGAAUAUGCUUCUCACAUUGUUUCUUGGGGGUCAGUGUAGAACCCUCUCAGGCAGUCCAAUAGCUACUCUUGUUUCUGCAUAAGGACACUUUUGCUGCGCUAGCUGCCUGCAUUCAAGCGGUCAUCGAAGGUCGGUGAAAUUUCCUUUCGAUUACAGUAAAUUUGCUUAAUCAUGAAAUGUUAAUCGAAGUUCCAAAAUGCGUUUUUGACUCGAAAAUAUAACUUAAGUAGGUUUUCGAUAUUAAUUCACACGCAACAUUAUCCUGAGAUAUUUCAGUUACUUCGGGAUGCUGACAUUUAAAUGGACUAAUCUGCGGCCGACUGCAAAAACUGGAGACUGUAAAAAAUGGCCCCUUAAAUGACAUUACUUUUUCCAAUGAUUUUCGACGUCCUUAUAAAUUCAAACAUACUUCGUAGAAAACAUGCAUAAAAUAUUCAUUCCUUUACUCAUUUGGUAAAAAGUUAGGUCUUCUUCGAAUUUUUUACUUUAGAAAAGGAUAUAAUCCGGCUAUAAAAAGUUAAUAAUUAUGAGAAUUUCGAAGACCGCGAAAUGCCAGUUUAUAAAAUAUCCUGUCUAUAAAUUGACUAACAUUGCUGGCAAAGUUUGCAGCAUGACUCAAAUCCACUGUUUACUUUUAAUUGUCAUGGUUCAUAAAUGCGAAUGUAACGGCAGGUCGGAUCCAGCAUAAUUCGGGAGUUGAAAGUUUUUUGAAAUCGAAUUAUACCCUUCCAUCAAGUAUAAAAUUUUAAAAAGACGUAAGUUGCUUCCAAAUGAGUAAACUAGUAAAUUUCUUUGUCCAUAUUUUCUAUAAAAUAUAUUUGAAUUUGUAAGGGCAUCAAAAUUGAUGAGACAAAUUUAUGCUACUCGAGGAGCCAUUUUUUACGGCAACCGCAAAGAAGUUCGUUUAAAAGCCAGCAUCCCAAUUUGACUGAAAUAUCUUAGUAUUAUGCUGUAAGCUAACUAAUAUAACAAUCCCACUUAAGUACUUAUUUCGAGCCGAAAACGCGUUUCAGAAUUUUGGUCAACAUUUUAUGAGUUAGCACAUCUACUUAUUUAGUGGGUUAUUGUUAAGUGUAGUUCACAGGCUGGCUUCAAAGUUAAUAUAGCUGCCGUGUGAGAAUUGACCUCGAAUUAUAUCUACUGCUAGUCAGUGUUGCAAUCGCGCUUACUUUACAAUAAGUGCUAUAUCUCGUGAAACAUUAAUUGGAAUACUGAAAUUGAAGUAGUACUACUGAUCAGCCUUUGACAUAAGUCCGAGGUACUUUGGUUAUGUCAGUGUGACAGUCUCCCGCUAUCAGAAAAAAACCCAACUUGCUAAAAUGACUACGUAAGGCGUGUGACUUUGCCCUUGAUCCCUGAUGCCCUUAUAAAUCCCUAUUAGAAUCAUGCAAAAUUAUUUUUUCUGGAACUCAGUUUAUAGAAAAUAACGUCUUCUACCAAUUUUUUACUCAAUGAAAGAGCAGAUUAAGUUUCAAAAUGUUUGCAGUUGGUAGGUUUUUAGGAGUGCAAAAGGAUCACAGCAACUGCGAAAGUUUUAUAAGUGGCUUUGUAACACAAUCGGGGAACAAAUAAAUUUUUCUUGAAUGGAAAUUAUUCAGCUCGUAUGUUAAAGACCUCAAACUCACGGGCUUCGGCAGGUUGGGUUAAGAAUUACUUGGGAAUUGAAAAAAACUCCUUUGAAACUAAAGAUAUCCUCUAUUCUGGCGUAGCUGCCGAAGAAAACGCAGUUUAUUGGUGCAUAAGAUCAGACAAAGACAUUUUUUGCACAUUUUCUAUUAAAAGUUUUUAAAUAUAUAGGGUCAACAAAGGUCAGUUGAACAAAUUCCUGGCAAUUAAGUAGUCAAUCCUAAGGACAACCCAAAAGACGCGAGGUUAAAUGUCGGCAUCUUGGCGCAACUGAAAUAUCUUGGAAUCUCGUUGCAAGAUAACCAUUACUACAACCCCACCUAAGUAAUCCUUUCCGACGGAAUUCACAUCUGAGAAUCUCAACUAACAGUUCAUCAAUUUCGUCAGUUAUUGUACGCUGUACAUCUACAGUUGCACAGAAAAAUAUCGACUACUGUUUCGUGGGUUUCUGCGCACUAGGUUUUUCGAGCUUGUCGACAGAGAUCUCGGAUUUUUCACAGUCGGCACUAGUACUACCUGCAAACCUGCUUAUUUGUCAGGCCAGAGACGAUGCCGCGAAGAUGACGGAGCCGAACAGUUGUUCGGUACACUGUCAAACAUCGUAUGCUGCAGUUAACUCUGCCGAGUUCAUGACGCAAGCUUUUGUCCUGUAGGUCGGCAGGCAGGAUUUAUCGUCUUUUUUAGUGCGCCGUACGCAAAGCGCGUUGGCCCGUCAGCUAAUUUUAGGAAUCAAACUGUGCUUAGAUGACAUGUCGCAGCUUAAUGAGAGGUAGAGGGCUGCGUAGAUCCUUAAGGGAGCGUGUUGGGAACAGGCUUACUGCAAUAUCCUAAGGCACAGCGGGAGCUGGUAGGAGGACACUCGACAAGCGCCAUUAUCUCCUAGGGUGUAAGCUUUAUGAGUGACAAUCACACCUCUUCCUGCCCUGCUACAUCCGCCGGCGCAUGCAUGUCAAAAACCAAAGCAAAUAACAUUGUUAUUGCUUCCUUUUUUUAACCUGCUAAUUCCAUCUGUUAUCCAUCUGCUUCCUCCUCCUCCUCUGUUGGGAGUGCCUACAAUCCCAAAAACAAGAGCCAGCCAACCAAGGGAAGCCACGUGUUUUCUCUCAACUGCGCUGUCAUCUUAAUCAUGGCGCCUCUCGACUGGAUUUUCCUAUCGGACCUGAUCGAUCUGCAUAUUCGAAUUAUCGACCAGCUCGUGUGGAAUGUUCUUCCCGAAGGGCAUUAG